GUGACGAUGGCAAAAAUGCUCGCGAAGUUUGCCUCGCUCUCUCUGGUUAUCGGCGCGUUUGGGCAAGUGGACAUGGGUACUUGGCCGACGCUUACAGGCAGGACUUUGGAGAAAGUGGAUAUGUCCGCGGAUGGCCAGGUCGUCGCCAUUAGUGACGGAAACUAUGGCUAUGUCAGCCGCGACAUGGGCUUCCAAUGGUGGAGGCUUCCUUAUGGCGGAGUUUCGAGAGGCAUGGCAUUGUCGGGCGAUGGCAGCUUGCUGGUCGGCACGGGCAAGCAGGGCAAAAUCGAGACGAAUCCAGGUGGUUCGAAAGACGGGUGGGCUUGGACAACAAACAAGCCGUCGAUGAACUCAGCUUGUCCAUCAGGCUGUUCAUUUGGCCAUUGGAACCAUGGGAGCCCUGCCAUUUCAUCCGAUGGCAUGACGAUAGCUGCCGGGCUGACGGAGGCUGGCAUUGCGAUCAGUCAGGACAUGGGUGGUAAUUGGACGACAGCCGACGGGACAGCCGGCCUCGAUUGGAAGGACAUCGACAUGUCAGCAAGUGGUGCAACGAUGGCUGCCAUCACCGGAGAUGGACUCUGGAUUAGUUCAGAUUCGGGCACCACGUUCACGCAGGUCGCGAACCUCAACCGAAGCAACUUCGAACGAGUCGCCGUCUCAUCCGAUGGCACCGCGAUUGCAUUAGCGGCUGACCAAAUAGUCGUCUGGACAUCCUCAAACGCGGGUGCCAGCUGGACCGAAGUGUCCACCUCGGGCAGCCCGAUGAUGUGCAAGGCCGUGGCCAUGUCCUCAAAUGGAGGCAAGUUGAUCGUCGCAGGGACUGAUGGGAACAGCAGCCAAAGCCUUUAUUCGAGCUCCGAUGGCGGUGCCACGUGGUCCAUUAUUGCCGACUCAACUGCUGAGGCCUCGAAGGAUUGGCGUGAUGUGGCCAUGUCAUCCGACGGCAGCAUGAUGGCUGCUGUUGGUAACAACCUUAUUUGGAUGGAUCCCUCACCAACUACAACCACCACGACCACAACUACCACCACCACCACCACCACCACCACCACCACCACCGGCGAAACAACCACGACCACCACCUUAGAUCCGAAUGUCGACUAUGAGCCCGUAGCUUGGAUUCGCAAAUACUUCCUCAAGGACGCGGCGCCCUGUGCAGGAACCGUCCAUGGGAGCGCAACCGGAACCUCAAAGGAGUUUAACGAUUGCGAAAAGCGGCAACGGGAAGGUGAAGACGACACAUCGUCGAUCUCUUAUCUUAGCAGCGACGGGCAGUUCGUUAUGGACGUGAAGUACAGUGGCCUGACAUGCAGUGGCACUGUGAUCGAGAACGACACCUUUUCCGUUGGCUGUCAAGAUUCCCCCUACGACAACUGGAGGUACAUGCACAUUGGGGUGGAAAUGCGGGCCAUUACCACCACCACGACAACGACCACCACCACCACCACCACCACAACCACCACUACCACCACUACCACUACCACCACCACGGCUGCAACCACUACGACCACCGCUGCAGGUGGGACAACUACAGCAGCUGUGCCCACGGUCGUGGAGGUCACUGUCCAGCUCACCGUUGAUGACCCCGCCACGGUUACCGAGAACACCACCUUGACCAAUGCCAUGAUCCAAGGUUUCGCAGAGCUGAUGGGAGUGGAUGCAUCUCAGGUGACACUUGAGUUCGAGCAGUCUCGGCGGCUUCAGGCGAGGAAGCUUCAGGUCACUCUUGUCGCCAUCUUCAAGGUGACCCUCCCCAAUGUUGCUGCCGCUGAGCAGACGAAGACCGCCCUCGAUGCUGUCUCUGUUUCGGCCACCAACACUGCCAUCGCCCAGAAAGUCACAGACGCUGGAUUCACAGGCACCAUCCAGGUCACCGGCAAGACGACGGUGGUGACCAGUCCAACGACGACAUCCGCCAUUCCAAGCGAUGCUUCAUCAUCAACGACGUUGGGUGCGCGCAUGGUCGGCUUGGUGAUGCUCAGCUCCCACUUCCUCGCUUCCUGCUACCUUUGA